AUUUACCUAUCAGUGAGGGAAAGUGGACGUCUAGAUUUCAUUUGUCCUCUCGUGGAUUGCGGUCUUUUCAUUCAUGAAUUGGUUAAGUUGGAGGCGUGAAAUUACGGCAUAGUUUGAUGUGUUUUUUAUAUACAUCUAUACGAGUAAUAUCUUUGAAUUUUCAAGAGAAGACAACAGCAAAUACAUUUUUUUCUUAAGUCGCAAUGGAGGACCACGACAGUGACUCCUCGCAGUUUGGGAGUGAGGGUACCCACUCGGGGGGAUACGAGGUGGUGGUGAUGGACAGUCACGAGCCCCGGGACAUCUUCUGUCAGAUGGACAUCCUCAGACAGUACAACGACGACUUCGUCUGGAAAGAGCUUCAUCGGUGGGUGAAAUUUGAGGAGGUGCUGGAAGAGAAAGGUAAGCGCUGGUCCAAGCCGCACGUGUCCUCCCUCUACAUGCAGUCCCUGACAGAGUUACAUACCCUGAUGGCCUCUAACCCCUGUAUCCUGGACAUGGAGGCUCAGUCUAUGUACGAAGUUGUAGACAAAGUAUUGGAGGAGUGGAGGAACGAGGGAACGGUCAGUAACCUACUGUGGAACCACGUGAGAGCCCUAAUGCUGAAGAAGCACAAGCACCAGCACGUCAGCAGCAAGUACGUGAAGCGUCACACCAGCAAGGCCAAACUGAACGAAUCCAAGCACAAACUCAGUCCCGUCAGAGAAAUAUCGGAGAGCGUGUCAGCUCCAAAUCUGCACGGCUACGCCAACGAAGGGUACGAAUCGUCACAUUCUAAUGAAGAUGGAUCCAACGAAUUCCUCUCUUUUGGGUCUGAGUUGAAUGACAAAUUCAAAAGAAAAAUUCCUGUUGGGGCUGAGGUUUUGAAUAUCAUGGUUGGAGAAGUGGAGGAGCUCAAAAACAGACGACUGUGUGCGUUCGUGCGGCUGAAUGAAGCUAAAGAUGUUGGCAAAAUCACAGAGGUCUCUCUUCCAACUCGCUUCCUUUUUAUUCUCUUGGUUCCACUUGACGACAUUGGUGUUGGUGUGGAAAUAGGACGAUGCCUUGGAACUCUAAUGACAGAUGAGAUUUUUCGAGAAGCAGCAUAUCGGUCUUCAAAUAAGGUAGAAAUAUUGUCAGCUCUUCUAGACUUUACCAGUCACGUGACUGUAUUACCUCCAGGAUGCUGGGAUAAAAACAACAGAAUUGAACCUCCCAAAGUGAUGCCAGCAAAAGACUCGAGACCAAAUGCAAAGCCGACUAUGAAGGUGAACAAAGUCCCGGAUGAGGAGGAAGAUGGUCACGACCCGAGCCUUGAACGGACGGGCAGGUUGUUCGGAGGGCUGAUACAAGACGUGAAGAGGAAAUGGAAGUGGUACAUAAGCGAUUUCACUGACGCAAUCCACGUUCAAUGCUUCGCUUCUUUCGUCUAUUUAUUUUUGGCUACUUUAACGCCCAAUGUCACCUUUGGUGGUCUUUUGGGAGUUGCUACCAAACAGUAUAUGGGCACCAUGGAAUGUAUUUUAGCAGCAGCGGUGACGGGGAUCAUUUUUGCGUUAUUCUCCGGUCAACCAAUGAAUAUUCUUGGAAGCACGGGACCUAUGCUUGUCCUGGAAUCAAUUUUGUAUAAUUUAUGCGAAGAACAUGACUGGGAUUUCCUGUCCCUUCGUAUUUGGGUAGGGCUUUGGACUACAUUGAUACUUCUUAUUAUCGUGGCCUUUGACCUCAGCUCACUUGUUCGAUACAUCACCCGAUUUACGGAGGAGUCGUUUGCCUGCUUGAUUGCAUUCAUUUUUAUUUACGAAGCAUUCAAAAAACUUAUUGAAAUUGAACAUGUUGCCCCCGUUGAAUUACAUUCUCAAAGCAAACAACUGAAGGACUGUUUUUGCAUUUUCCUUAAUAACACCCAACUUGAAAAUGAUGACGUAACUUCCCGUCAUGUGAGGUCCUUGCAGACGACACCAAGAAAUGAGGUCAUUACAGAUAAUAUUCCGAUCCCAGUUGCUUGGGCAUUGAACAACUGUACGGAAAACGGCGGGUUCCUGGGUGGAAUAGAAUGUCACCCUGGGGAUUUCGUGCCCGACGUCUUUUUCUUCAGUGUUCUUCUAUUUCUGGGAACCUUCACAGUCGCCUAUGGGGUGAAGAUAUUCAGAAACUCCGGAUUUUUUCCAAACUUUAUAAGAAACACUGUUGGAGAUUUUGGAGUCUUGAUCGCCAUCAUCGUAAUGGUUUUUGUAGACAUUUUGCUUGGCAUUCCUACUCCCAAACUGAGUGUUCCAACAGAAUUCAAGCCAACUAGACCAGAUCGAGGCUGGAUCAUUAAUCCAAUCAGUGAGAAGAAUCCAUGGUGGACAAUUCUGGCGUCCGCUAUUCCGGCUAUCUUGGCGUCUAUUCUAGUAUUCCUAGAUCAACAGAUUACGUCCGUGAUUGUCAACAGAAAAGAAAACAAACUCAAAAAAGGAGGGGGGUACCACCUGGACCUGUUGGUCGUGGCCCUGCUGAUCACGCUUCUCUCCUUUCUGGGGCUCCCCUGGUAUUUGGCAGCCACCGUAACCGCCAUUGCUCACGUGAUGAGUCUAAGGAAGGAGUCCCAGUGUACCGCACCCGGGGAGAAACCAACAUUUCUCGGAGUCAGGGAACAGAGAGUGACUGCACUAUUGGUCGGCAUAUUUAGCGGCCUCGCCGUCCUAAUUACAUCCGUGCUAAAGCACAUCCCAAUGCCAGUUUUGUACGGCGUAUUCUUUUACAUGGGAGCAUCCGCAUUAAGUGGAAUGCAGCUAAUCCAGCGGAUACUGAUCGUAUUCAUGCCUCAGAAGUACCAACCAGACUAUAAGUUCCUUCGCCAUGUCCCUCUGAUCAAAGUACACUUGUACACAGGAGUUCAGAUUAUCUCCCUUGCUGCCCUUUGGGCAGUCAAGAGCAUCAGUUCUAUAAGCAUUGUGUUUCCUUUAAUGGUUCUUGCGAUAUGCUUUGAAAGGAAAGCCCUGGACUUUAUUUUUACUCAACAUGAAUUGAAGUGGAUGGAUGAACUUCUUCCUGGCUCAAAAAUCAACCAAGAAACAGGGAAAACGCAGAAAAAGACCCAUAAAAGUUUUAUUGUGAAACCAAAGACUAUCCGGUCGCUCUCAGUACCGGCCUAUAGCCACGCGCUACAGCUGAAGCCAACAGAGUUGAAGUCCAGUGUCUCCAUCUCUAACGAAUCUCUACGGAGACGUUCGUGUUACGAAGAUAUCCAGAGAUUCUCGACGAAGCGGAAGAUCUCCGUAUCCUCGUUACCGGUAAAUCUAUCGCCUCGCUGUGAUUCGCCCGACGCUGAACCCGAGAGCAAGAAAAACGGGUUCAAUUUCAGUGAAGUGUAGAAUUUUCAUCGCUAUGCGUAAAUGAUAUAAGUAAUAUAUAUUCAUUUAUAUAGUAUAAAUGGUUAAUUGAGUGUUUGUUUGAAUGAUUAUUUGGAUGAUUGACAGGUUUAUUAUUAAUAAUACAUGAAUAAAUGAGGAUGUUGUUCUGUGAAAUGACUUUAAAUGGUUGAUGCAAGUUAUAAAUGUGCAAGUAUUUAAAUGAAAAGACAUAUGAAACUGUGGUUGCUAGGUAAGUCAUACCCACUGUUUUAAGGAAGGCGUCUCUUUAUAACAAUAUGAAUGAAUAAUUGUAAAAUACAUUGUGUUAAAGUUGGAGGUUACACGUACAUUAUGAAUUGUCAUAUUAAUCAUUUACGAUAGAUAGGCAUUUACAUGUGUACGUAUAAUGGAUAACCAAUAUUAAAAAUAUUUACAGAUAAAUGAAGAUCCACGAAUUUGCAUUGUUGUUUAAUGUGCACUUUUAUUAGAAACAGCUGUUUUAUAAUAAAACAUUUC